AUGGAGGUGGUGGAGGCCGCCGCCGCUCAGCUGCAAACUCUGAAAUUCGGUGGCGCCGGCGUCGGGGUUGACCAAGGUCUGGCCGUGCCGGCUCCGGACCCCGUUCCGGUCGCAGCGCCGGGGGCGGACGAGGGGGCCUCGGACCUUGCGGGGGAGCAGCCGCCUCAGCUCGCCCCGCGGUCGCUCCCGGAGCCGCCUCCCGGAGGGAGCAGCCUGGAGACGUCGGACUCGGACUCGGACUCCGACUCGGACAGUGAAACAGAUUCCGAUAGUUCAAGCUCCUCUUCUUCCUCAUCAUCAUCCUCAUCGUCUUCGUCUCAUAUAUCCCUCCCUGCAGUGCUGUCAGAUGGAGAAGAUGACUUACAAGUUGAGAAGGAAAAUAAGAAUUUUCCUCUUAAAACAAAAGAUGAGUUACUUCUAAGUGAACUGCCUACUGUUGAAGAACUCACUAUUGUUCUCCCUGAAGGUAUUGAAUUAAAGCCUCUUGGGAUGGUUUCAAGUAUUAUUGAACAAUUAGUAAUAAUUGAAUCUAUGACUAACGUACCUCCAGUUAAUGAGGAGACUGUAGUUUUUAAAAGUGAUCGACAGGCAGCAGGAAAGAUAUUUGAGAUAUUUGGACCUGUAGCGCAUCCAUUUUAUGUGUUACGCUUUAAUUCUUCAGAGCACGUUGAGAAUAACAGUAUUAAAAUAAAGGACACUAUGUAUUUUGCUCCAUCAAUGAAAGACUUCACCCAGUAUAUAUUCACAGAAAAACUUAAACAGGAUAGGGGAUCAGAUGCAUCAUGGAAGAAUGAUCAAGAACCACCACCAGAGGCCUUAGAUUUCAGUGAUGAUGAAAAGGAAAAAGAAGCCAAACAGAGAAAAAAAUCUCAGAUUCAAGGCCGGAAAAAAUUCAGAUCUGAAUUUAAUGAACCAGGUGAAGAUUUUGCAGAAGUACAUCAGAAUUGGAAUGUUCAUAACUCUGCUUCAGAGCCUUCAAAAGGAUAUCACAGCAGAGAAUUCACACGAGGGUUUUCCCGGGGCAGAUAUCCUCGGUCUUGUCCUGGCAGGCCCCCACCUCCACAGUUUUAUAACUCAGAGCACAUGGUACCUCAGGAGACUUCAGGAUUUCCACCCCAGAGACAGGACGGUCCUAUGAUGCCACAGUAUCCCUUCCCUCCUCCCGGGUUUGACAUGCAUAACUUCUCACUCCCUCCCCCUCCACCACCCCCACCACCUGCAUCUGCAACAUGGCAUUCACCACCAUGUCAAAUAUACCUUCUGGAACACCAGGCAAAUCCUCAACCCCCCCCCCCCCCCCCCCCCCCCCCCCCACCUCUGCCUCCCCCCUCCUCUUCUGGAGAUAGUAAUGCUUCUCAUUUUGGGCCUUACUAUUAG